GUUGGUCUUCCACGCUUGCCGGCCUUCGACGUUUAUCACGCCUCUCCGCUAAAAAACGAAAUAAAAGCCCAAAACAGUAAAAAGUGAAAGACGCGUCGGGCUUUGGGGUGAUGGAUUCUUGAAAUCAAAUCUCCCAAAUUUCUUCUUGUGAAAAGCGAGAGCGAAAGUGACCAGUGGCGGAAAAACAACAACGACCAAAUAUCACGCUAAUUAGGCGUCACACCACAACAACAAAUUGCGUCCCAGAAUCGUUAUGACGUGUGUGUGAGUUUAAGUGUCAGUGCGUGUUUUCCAGAGGCAGUGGCUGUCGGAACAUCCCAUCCAGUUAAAAACUCGUUUGUGGUUGGGGAUCCUAAAUGGCCGUGAAAAGCCCCGCCUGAGAGAGGAAAAACGACAAAAAGCGGCUCAAACUGCGGCUAGCAGAAACAAGGGGAAUUAACGUCAAACCAGCAGACAAACUGAGCUUGAAACAAUCUAAAGCUAACUGGAAAAUGUAUAAACAAACAUAGGAGCAUAGUGCAGAGCAGACGAAACAACUUUCAGCGGUGGGUCUGACUUACAGUUAACAUUUUGCGCGCGUCGGAAGAAUCUUGCAGAUACAACGUGCGAAUGCAGAGGAAGAUACUUCGGUCAGAUACCGCGGAUGUUGCAGUGCGAAAAGUGAUCGACUGAACUGAACGAAACCAAAGAGUGAGAGAGAAACAUAAAAAUAGAGAGGGAGACCGGUCCGCUUUUAGCCUGGCCAAGACCAUGGCAAGCAGUGUGAGCCGCAACAAGCUCAGUUGAACGCCAGACGCGCACGCAUGCGCACGCGAAACGCGCUAACAGGUGAUUUGCAUAUUUGUCAGAUACGAGGUACAACACACAAGAUACACGAGUCACAAGAUACACCGUUACACCGUAGGUGUGCCGCGCGAUGAAGUAAUUGCUGGCCGCUAGAUAACACAAGCUGGUAAAUAGAAAACGCGCUAAAUGCGGCAGCGAAAUUCCAAACAAACGAGUCCAAAGUAAAUAUUCAAGAAGAAAGUACGGCCAAAUACAAUAUAUAUUAAAAAAAAAGAAAGAAUCGAGGUGGUGAACAAAAACAAAUCAGAGCCAUCACCAAUCAAUGGCAUUGUGCUUGCGUGCUAAGCCCCAGUGCCACAUAAAUUGAUUCCUCAAUUGGCUAACGAUUUCGCCAAUAAAGCCGGCCAUUGUGUCUGCCAAACUGAACGUUCCUAGCCACGUUACUUUGGCUAAAUAAACAUUCUGGGAAGCGGAAAGACACAGAUUGCAGGGCUGCAAUUGCAGUUUGAAGGUGUUAAUUACCUGGCAGGCAGUCACAGUGCUAACUGACUGAGUGAAACCGAAAUCGGAUAGCCCAAAACGAAACUGAAAAUGCUGGAAAGCUCACAAAUCAACCAGCAAGUGCCCCAUAAUUGGACCUCGGGUGAGAGCCGGCGGCAGAGUACAUCCUCCAAGACAGUGGAGGCCAGUAGAAAUCGCAUCGGGAAAUCGCGUCUAAAUCGCAGCAUGUUCAAAACAGGCCCGUUGGUUUUCCUCUUGAUCUGCCUAAUAAACUCGGCCGUCCAAGCGGAUGAAACGGCCAGAAAUGGUCGGCUUGGCCGCCACCUUUCUACCACCACUCCGCUGACUUCCUUGGAAACGGAGGAGUCAUCAGGCGAGGAGGUGACGGUUACCACAGAGCCGGGAACGGAGGCUCCCGUCACAGAAGAAUGGCAGCCUGUGGUGAACGCCACACAGGCUCCGGAUAAGCUAGAGAAGAUUAAGGGAAGUGACUCAUUGCUGCUGCGUCUGGCCAGACGAUUCUCCAGCGGAAACGAGCUGUGGGAUGGUCUGGUACGAGACUGUUACCUGAAGCCGGACAUCUCAUGCUUCCAGAAGAAUGUCUUCAGCUACCUGGAUGGCGCCCUCGAUGUCCAGGAUGUGAAUGUAACCCAACGCCUCAAGUUCUUCAAAAAUCAAGUUCACUAUGAAGCUGAAAAGGAGAAAGAGGAUCACUCCCAGGCUCGAGCCGCCAGCCCGGAAACCCCCAUCGAGGAAGUGACCAAUGCUCUCUACGGAAAAAGCAUAAAAUUCGCCAUGACACACGAUCUGGAGGUGGAUCUGCCAGAGGUCAUGUUCAAUGGCGCCACAUUCCGCAUCUCGCCGCGAGCGAUCGAAGGAAACGGGAUCAUUGCCAAGCUGGAGCUGAUACCCAAACAGGUAGUCAAGGCCCGACUGGCCGGGGCUAUAAUCCAAAAGAAGAUACAAAAAUUUCUACGCAGCAAACUGGUGCUGUCAUUCCUGGCCUUGCUGCUGAUAAUCAAGAUCAUCAAGAUCAAGUUGUUCUGGCUGUUGCCAAUCGUCAUCGGAGUCGGAGCUGCAAAGAAGUUGCUCCUCAAGUUCCUGCUCUUCCUAUUCCCGGCGCUGUCACAUCUCUUCAAGCUCUGCUCCUACUACCAGCAAUCCUAUCACGCUCCAACCAAAUACCAUCAUCAUCAUCAUCUCAUCGAUCACCAUCAUACGGUUGUGCCGCCAUGGCAUAGCGGAGAGCACCAUUCGGUGCCUGAAAUUAUUUACACUCACCCUCCGAAAGGACAUCCGUCAACCUAUCUCCAUGGAGCUCCCAUUCACGAAAGCCACGGCCCAGGAUUUGAGCACUUCGAAGGGGCCUGGGAGAACAGUGGUCCUGGCCUGGGAUCCGAAUACAUAGGCGAUAUAAAUCGCGUUGCACAAAUUGAGGAGAAUGCGCAUUACUUUAAGCCCGACACGGCAAAAGACGCCGACGUCCUGCAUGCUUGGGGCCUAGGCAGCACACAGGGACAUCAACAACACCCGCAACACCAGACACACCAGCAACAUGCAACACAGUCGCAUCCGCAGCAGCAACAGCAGCCGCAGCGCUGGCCCGUAUCCUCGCAGCAGGCCAGGCCGCCAACGUCGCAGCACAAGCUCCAGCUGCCGCAGCAGCAGCUAAAAACACAGCUGCAACAACACCAGCAAUUAAGUGCUCAGAAAGUACAUGCCUCUAGUCACAGUUCAAACCCAUUUCAAAGUCAGGACAAACAAAGCUCAAGGCCGGCACACUCCCAGCACCACCCGGUGUUCGUUCCGGGACGCUACCCACCGCAGAGUGGACCAGGAAUUACGGCAGCAGCGCAAAUUGCGGCGCAAUAUGACCCAGCACGGAACAAUCAGCUUCAAGUACAACAGCAACAUCAACAGCAACACCAGCCCCUAGUACAGCAGCAACCUGAGUCACAACUUUCGCCCGAACUGGCUGCCCAGCUGAAGGAAGCAAUUCGCAUUCAAGCCGAACAACGAAUAAUCCAGCAGCAACAGAAAAUACUUGAACAUCAGCCUUUCGUUCAGGACGGACAGCCGCUAUAUCCGCUUAACUACGAUCCAUUCUACAGUCCCAUACUGCUGAAAAUCGAUAAAAUCGUCGAACAGCUGGGAGUGAAAAAUGACCUGUGCAAAGAGCGAAUUGUUUGCAGCAUGUACAAGGAUCCGGCCACCUAUAGUCCUCACAGCAAUUUCGUUUCCGCCGAAUUAAGUCGCGAUACCAGCGAACUGGAGCCCGUAACGCAUGCGAAUGAGGCUGUGAGGCGUUUCUACCGGCUAAUUCAGGCUGCCCGAGAUGGCCAGGAUCAAAAGGACUGUCAGAGCCUGUACCCACAGUGCAACAUGCCGGCCAAAUGAGCCAGAGGGUUGUUGUGGACCAGGUCCAGAUUUGCGAAAAGAGAACGAGCAACUUUAAAGUCAAUAUUUCCUUGUUAAAAACCGAACUGUAAAUAGGAUAAUAACUCUAUUUUAAGAAUAAUUAAUUUGUUAAACUAUUUAUUUAUUUAUUUAUUUGUAUUAGUCUAAUGGUUUACGUAGCUUAUUCUAAUUUACGCCCAUCUGACAUUCGACCGCUGACUUAAUAUUCAUUCUGAUUUUGUUAAAAAUAACUCACAAAUUAUUUAUUAGAAUUGGCUGCGGUCAGUGCACUUUUCAAAUUGUCCAUCCACUCACAUGUGAAUGUAUUUUUAUUUAACACAUAAUUCGAUAAAACACACAAUAAUGAAAUCAGAAUAUUUAUUAAUAGCCGGUCACAUAGACGCCAAUAAAAAUUCAAUUAGUCAAUAUGCAAAAAUUGUUACUAGAGGAUUUAUUUAUCGCCAGCGCACAUAAACGGAAAAUAAAUUGAAAUUGUGUUAAAUA